UUAACAGAGGGAGCAGGGCUGGGCUCUGGUCACUGCGGGGUGCAGUGGGGUUCAGGGGUGGGGACACGCAGCAGGGAGACGAGUGGGGAACACACACUCACCGGCUGCCAUGUCCACAAAGGGACACUCCUGCAAAUGGCCUUGGCCCGUGGCGCCUCCAGGCCCCUUGGAGACAGCUGGAUCAAGAGGGUGGGAAGUCAGAGGAACCUGGCUUUGGUCCCAUCUGUGUUACUUACUUGGGCGAGUAGUUAACCAGUCUGAGCUCAGUGUCUGUUUCUUCAAAUGGGAUUAAAUUCAUUCAUUCAACUUAUUAUGUGCUCAGUAAAAUUUCCUAAAGAUUUCACUGGGUUAUAAGGAAUAACUGAGCUACUGGCAUAAUGCCUGGCACAAAAUCCCACUCUAAAAAAGUUAGUUAUUUAAAAAACAAACAUAAAAACAUUGAUUAGGAAAAGUCCCCAGGCAUUUUUAAUCAAUGGGAUAAAGUGUUCAGGGGUCCAGGCUCCCUCAAUUCCUCGCCCUCCUUUGGGAAAGAUACUCAGUCCAUGUCCCUGGACUCCCUGCCAGGGAGUCCACUCUGAGCCCAGCACAGUGGGAAACCUUAGAAGGGAGCGAAGGGGAUCACACAUCACACCACCCUGUCCUCAGGGAGAGGACUGUCUCCUGGGGGACGUAGGUGGAAAUGAUUAAGACCAAGUGGAUUUGAGUGUGACCAUCAGCAAGAGAGGACAGCUGUAUGGGCUGAGGUGGCAGGGGACAGCUCCUAAAGGCCACAGGGCCAGAUGAGGACCUAGAAGAUGGGGGGGGGUUUGCAUCUUGGGCAGGGCAUCUGAGCAGGAUGAGGAGCUGCAGGAAAUGUGGGGGGCAGAUGGGCAAGUUGGCAUGGGGAGAGGGAAGGGACCCACUUAAGCAGACAGAAUAUUCAUUUGGGGACCUGAGGGCUGUCGUUUGGUUGCACGUGGCUGGGCCACAUUGUAGAGAGCUUUAAAUGCCAGGCUGAGGGGUAAGGAUUCUGUUAAAGAGGCAGCACGGGUGGCGAAGGGCAGGUCUGUCUGAGGGAGAGGAUCGCGUGGGAAGAAGUUGCACGCUGGUUAAAAGUAUGACUUUAUGUUUACCUUUUCUGGUAAGUGGCUUGAGGUGACCUCUAAAAAUGGUUCGCUCUUCACUUGACCCAGAAAACCCCACAAAAUCAUGCAAGUCAAGAGGUUCAAAUCUUCGUGUUCACUUUAAGAACACUUGUGAAACUGCCCAGGCCAUUAAGGGUAUGCUUAUCCGAAAAGCCACCAAGUGUCUGAAGGACGUCACUUUAAAGAGGCAACGUGUGCCAUUCCGUCAUUACAAUGGUGGAGUUGGUAGGUGUGCCCAGGCCAAACAGUGGGGCUGGAUGCAGGGUCCGUGGCCCAGAAGGAGCGCUGAAUUUUCACUGCACAUGCUCAAAAAUGCAGAGAGUGAUGCUGAACUUAAGGGCUUAGGUGUAGAUUCUCUGGUCAUUGAGCACAUCCAGGUGAGCAAAGCCUCCAAGAUGCGGCACAGGACUUACAGAGCUCGUGGUCGGAUCAACCCAUACGUGAGCUCUCCCUGCCACACUGAGAUGAUCCUUACUGAAAAAGAAUAGAUUGUUCCUAAACCAGAAGAGGAGGUUGUCCAGAAGAAGAAGAUAUCUCAGAAGAAACUGAAGAAACAAAAACGUAUGGCCCGGGAAUAAAU